AUCUGAAGCCAUACUUGCAGUGGCCACUAGCGCACUACUAGUCGAUCAAUCUGUUGUUUCAGAGAGACGCCAUGAAGUACUUGGCCCAGCUGGUGGUGGCGCUCCUGGCCUUCUCGGCGGUGGUGCUGAUGGUGGCGCCGGCGGGCGCGGAGGCGGCGACCUGCGACGCGCUGCAGCUCACCCCGUGCGCGGGGGCCAUCGUCGGGAACGCGGCGCCCACGGCGUCGUGCUGCAGCAAGAUGAAGGAGCAGCAGCCAUGCAUGUGCCAGUACGCGCGCGACCCCAACCUCAAGCAGUACGUCGACUCCCCCAACGGCAAGAAGGUCAUGGCCGCCUGCAAGGUGCCCGUGCCCUCCUGCUAAACCGACGCAUGUACUAUGAUCGAUCCACACGAGAGAGCCCAGCGCGCGCGCGCCUCUCUGGCCUCUCGCUGCAUGUUUCAUGAGUGUUGAUGUAUGUGGACCGAUGUGCAUCUGAAUUUCUGAAUAUGCUGGAUGGAUCCUGCUGCA